GUCUGCUAUUCACACUCGUGUCAGUCAGCCUGUAGGGUUUGCCAACAUUUUUCUUUGGUUCUUUAGUGAUUCUCGUUUACUAUAUGACGCUAAGUUGUUGAAUAAAACUUUCGGUUAAAUUUGAAACCAUGGGGCCAAAUAAAAAAGGUUACAACUGGAAAGCACGUCAAGUUGUUAAAACAAAAAUUAUUAAAGCUGAAGGGGUUGAGAUUGAAAUAAAUGGGGCAGAGUCUUCAAAGUAUGAUGAGUGCAAUGCACUUGUUUUGCCAUCAAAGAAAAGGACAACAAAAGUUGUUAAAGAGAAGAAAUCCAACCAGCGUAUCUUGUCAAAGACACAACGAAAAAAGCUUGAGAAGAUUGUAGAUGUCAAGAAAAAAAGCUAACAGAGCAGAGCUGUUGGAGUCUAUUGCCAAGUUUCAACCCAGUGCCCAGGAACUGUCUAUGAUGACAUCCCUGACUUCAGUUCAAACCAAAGGCAUAAAGCGAUCCAUUGCAGAAACUAAUUCUGUUACAUUAUUUGAUGAACCUGGAGAAAACAAGCAAGAAAAUGGAGCUGCCGGAAGCAAAAGGAGACAGAGAUGGAAAGAAAAGGAAGAAAAAGGUGAAGUUGAAAAUCCACAAACUGAUGCCAAUGUAAUUGGCCUAGAAGUGAUUGAUGAAUCAAGUGAUUCAGAACAAGAAGAAUCUGAAGAUGAAGAAAAUGCUGAAGAUGAAGAAGCUGAAGACGAAGCUGUUGUUUCUGAAGAGGUUGUUUCAAAAGAAGAGGUUUCAAAUGCCGAUAGCAAAGAGAGUGACGCCGCUGUCAAUACAACACAAGAAAUUAAGGAAACUAAAAUUGAUGACACUCCAGCGCCUAAACGUGAAUCGAAGCCGGCAAUUUUCGUGCCUGUUCACCGUACAGCGGAAGUUCAAGCUGCUAGGAUGAAACUUCCUAUUCUUGCUGAAGAGCAAGCAAUUGUUGAAGCCAUCAAUGAAAAUCCAGUUGUCAUUUUGGCAGGAGAGACUGGAAGUGGCAAAACUACUAAGGUUCCUCAAUUUCUCUAUGAAGCUGGAUAUGCGGCUAAUGGGAAAAUCAUUGGUGUCACAGAACCCAGGAGGGUGGCUGCAACAUCCAUGGCAAAGCGUGUGGCCGAAGAGAUGAACUUGCAUGAUGGUCAAGUUGGUUAUCAGAUUCGUUUUGAAGGCAACGUCAAGGACAAUACCCGCAUUAAAUUUAUGACUGACGGUGUUUUGUUAAAGGAAGUUCAAAAAGAUUUCCUCCUCAACAACUAUUCUGUGGUGAUUAUCGAUGAAGCUCACGAACGAAGUGUCUACUCUGAUAUUUUACUGGGCCUGUUGUCGCGUAUCGUGAUGCUGCGACAUAAACGAGGAAAUCCAUUGAAAAUGGUCAUGUCUGCCACUCUUCGUGUCGAGGACUUUACAGAUAACCAACGCCUCUUUAAGACCAAGCCGGUUGUUAUACAGGUUGAAGCCAGACAAUUUCCCGUGUCAGUACAUUUCAAUAAACGGACGGCCUUUGAAGAUUAUGUGGACGAAUCCUAUCGCAAAGUGUGCAAAAUCCAUCGACAGUUGCCUGACGGAGGCAUUUUAGUUUUUCUAACUGGUCAACAAGAGGUUAAUGCCCUGCCCCUGCUAAUUCGUUCUUGGAAUUGCGUUAUUAUGGAAUUGCGUUAUUAUUUGUUGAAUGCAUAAAAAAGAGA